UUGGUGUUAGAGUGGCCAAGGCAGGUCUGGAACAGAUGAGGGUCUGUGGACGGUCAGCCCACACCAGAAUCUCCUGAAACUUCACUUCAGCACAGCCUGGUGAGGACGUUAUGCAGGCGCUCAGAACCUUGGUCUACUUUCUCUGGCAUGUUGCAAGUGCUCAGUGCUUGGUCGUGGAAUGAAUGGGAAGAUAACCCUGUCUGCUGAAUGGGCCAAGUUCAGCAGGAAGCAGAGACAGGAACUGGCCUCCAUGCUCCCAACAGUGGCCUGCAUCCACAGAGGCUUGUUCCGUUCCUGUGCUGGACUCUCUGUGCACAUGACCAGCAGUGGGAUAGGCCAAAAGGGCAUCCUGGCCAAUCGGGUGGCUGUGGUCACGGGGUCCACUGAUGGGAUCGGCUUUGCUAUCGCCAGGCGCCUGGCCCGGGACGGGGCCCUCGUGGUGGUCAGCAGCCGGAAGCAGCAGAACGUAGACCGGGCAGUGGCGGCGCUGCAGGGGGAGGGGCUGAGCGUGGUGGGCACCGUGUGCCACGUGGGGAAGGCCGAGGACCGGGAGCGACUGGUGGCCACGGUCGUGGAGCACUGUGGGGGUCUCGACUUCCUGGUGUGCAGUGCAGGUGUCAACCCGCUGGUGGGAAGCACCCUGGGGGCCAGUGAGCAAGUGUGGGACAAGAUCCUGGAAGUGAAUGUGAAGGCCCCGGCCCUGAUGCUGAGCCAGCUGGUGCCCCACAUGGAGAAGAGGGGGAGGGGGGCGGUCGUCCUGGUCUCCUCCAUUUCAGCAUAUGUACCACGAGUGGAGCUGGGUCCCUACAACAUCAGUAAGACGGCCCUGCUGAGCCUCACCAGGACACUGUCAUUGGAGCUGGCCCCCAAGGGCAUCCGGGUGAACUGCCUGGUUCCAGGAGUAAUCAAGACUGACUUCAGCAAAGUGCUAUACAAAAAUGAGGUUUUCUGGAACAACCUCAAGGAAGAUCACAAAGUGCAGAGGAUUGGGCAGCCUGAGGACUGCGCAGGACUUGUGUCCUUCCUGUGCUCUCCAGACGCCAGCUACAUCACUGGCGAGAACAUCGCGGUGGCCGGCUUCUCCUCUCGUCUCUGAUGGGGCUAAGGGGGUCUAGGCCUAGAAGCCUGGGGCCCAUGAAGGUCUGAAGCUCUGCCAGACAAUAAAGCUGGGAGCUUGUUUGUGCCAGGCUCGAGGAAGGACCCCCAGUAUUCUCAUCUGCGUGACUGUUGUUGAUUUAGCUGCUGUGAUUCGACCAACAUGUGGGUUCUUGGUGUGGGGCUGCGGAGCUGACUGAGUUCAUGGGGCUGGCACUUUGGAGGAACCGUAAGGGAAAGGAACGGAGACUCCUCUGGCAGCAGGGCAGCAGGCCCCUGAUGUAUGCUGGCUUCUUUUCUCUGCCUCUUGUGCUUUAAACAUUUUUUUCUCCAAAUAAACUCAAAUUUAUCCUCGA